AUGUCGCCCACUACUGAAAAUGAAGUUUUAUCGGAUAAUAUUAGAGCUUCCAGGAUAAAAAGGGAUCUAGAGGGAGUGACCACAGUCCUUUUGGUAUCGGCAAUUCCUUAUGGAAAGUCAUUACCACCGGUUGGAUUAUUGACAAAAACGGCACGGACAUUCGUACAACAUGGCGCGAGUACCGAAUUCGCCACUCAAGUUGUGGGCACGACUUUGGAUAAUGGUCGUCUCUACGCGAGAAUUUUAUCUACAUCCAGUAGAGUUUACAAAAAUCCAACGCCGGAUUCGGCGAGUCCCUACGUCGUUUAUCCCUCGAGAACACCGGAAGAUGAUUGGCAACUUCGAUUGGCCCUUGAUAACGCGCCAUUCAGAGCUGAAAGGCUGAGUGGUAAAAUCAAUACCGAAUCAAAUGAAGAGAAAAAGGAUACUGGGAAUACCUCGAAAUUGGACGAAUUGUCCAAAGAAAAUGAUAUAUUCAAUAAAAGAGAGCUAAAUAUGGAUACGCAGAGAUUCAAGCCAGAGAAAGUUCAACCGGCCGAUCUGCCCACUUAUACCGUCAAACAGGAAUACGUGUCAAACAACUUCGAUUCGUUCGACGAUGUGUCGAGAAGUUUUAGACCUCGAACACCGAAGAUUUUUAAACAGCAGGCGAAAACUCCGCAACAAAAGAAGCUAGAUAUGAAGCCUCUCGCUACGGUGACCUACCAUGGCUUCGCGGAUUUCACGACAACGGUCGGCGAUACCGUCAUCGUCUUUUCGCCGAGCACGUCACCGGCACCCAUGGGACGUCCCGCUACUACGAUCAAAGGCGAUGCUACGCUUCGUCCGGAUGAUGGUAUAGCAGUAUUAAAAAUUCAGCCAACGACUGUGAUGGAACACGCAAAAACCGAUCGACCUUAUGAGGAGGACCGGAAGCACGGUUCGAACGAGCAACUUCUGAGCACUAUUAAUCGCGACAAUAUUCAACCAAGCGUCACCGAGGAAAUUGAUGUCGAAUCAUCCAAGAGAUCCACGGAACCGUUACUGUUGGUACCUGAUGUCGAAACGGGAUCGUUGAAACCAACGGGUCUUGUGAAGGUCGUUGAUUCUACUACUUCGUUAGACGGUACCACGACACAUUACAAAAGUCUCAUUUAUGGCACAUAUAUUGGCACGAAUUAUCAGCAAAUAAUUCAUACAUCUUCGAACGUAUAUUUCUUCCCGGAUGAUGCCACUGUAACAUAUGGAGCCGAUGACACAACUACGGAAUACGGUACAACUGAAACAGAAUUCGACGACCGAGAUACUACUGUCGAAGCACUACCUUCUACUACGCCGAUGACCAUCACGACUAGCGAAGAAGAGAUGAAUGAACUGACUACUCCGUUGAAAGGCACAACAGACAGUGUCUUAACAACACUGAAGGACAUCUUAGAAAGUGCAAGAAGAGUAUUAGGAACGACCGAAUCGGUGAUACCGACUUUAGACGACGAAAUUCCUAAUGACAUCGUGCCAGAUCCUCAGGGUCGUAGUAUCAAAGGCGGCUCUCUUCAAAAUAAUCUCCAACCCGAACAUAAACAUGAUUCAGGUAACGAGGAAGAAAAAGUAACGUUAGCUACUAGAUUAUUGCCGUCUACCAUCUACAAGACGUUUACAUAUUUCACAACUUUCUUUAUUCCGGGCGGCAGCGAUCAGACUACGACUUCGGUACGUUCUCGGGAGAUAGUCUCUUCCGAGAUAACGUUUUUGACAGAAUUAAUUCGACCUGCCUCGACCAAAAAUUUAAUUCGUCCUACUACCUCGCCAGGCUUAAGGCAAAAAACACUAAGUUUGUCUGAUGAAAGCUUGACUGAAGAGGAACAAACUACCAAACAAGAUGAGGAGAUAGAACUCAUUUUUAAAACUUUGUACACGACGUAUACGUAUCUAACGACAUUUUUCCAAGAAAAUACAUCUAGUGUAUCCAGUCGGCAAGUUGUCGAGACUAAUGUUAUCACGCAAACCGUUGGACCAAAUGGUGUUUCUGCCGUUGUUGCCGGUCUCUUCAAUAAAGAUGAGUCUAUUCUGAUAUCGCCAACGACGAUAUCACAAAAUAUUUUGCCGUCGGUAAUAACAAAUGGUCGCACUCCCGAGAAAUUCAAUAAAGAUACUGAACUAGAAGUUCCUGAUGAAACGACAGAGGGAGAUCUAACCACUCUCCAGCAACAGGAUACCACAUUACACGAGAACAUUCCAACGGAAUCCAUCACGACUAUUGAUGAUUUUGAAACAUCUGACGGCUGGACCACCGAUUUAGAACCAAGCCCCACACCAGCUAUGGCGAGCGUAGAAAUACAGGAACAGGUGAAGACAUAUUAUACAACAUAUACGUACUUUACCACUAUCUUUGUAGACGAUGAAACGGAAAUCGAGACGCGAACCGAGGUUUUCACUAACGUCGUCACAGAGACAAUUACACCUACUAAGGUUCAAUUGGUUCCGCAAGAGACGGCUCGACCAACGACGCCGAGAUCUCAAUCUGUUGAAAAUAAGCCUGCGCCUCCUCCAGAAAUUUUGGCUUAUUUAGAAGCUCUUCAGCGUCAAAAAUCACAAGAAGAGGCACUUUUAUUAGCAAAGAAAGUUCAGCAAAAUAACACUGAUCAAGUAAUACAUGCUGAAACUACCGAAAACAAUACUGAGAUUACAACGGAGGAACCUACCACUUUGGAAGAUCGGUUCACCACUGAGCGUCUAUUUCGUGAUUUCCAAGUAGGCGCGCAAGUUACGCCUAAUCCUUCGACUGAAAUGGAAGUUCUGGGAUCUAUGAUCACGGACGUCGUAUCCUCUUCCAGUUCUGGUGGCGGUACUGUUCUAGAUAUGGAUAAAAGAAACAUCGUUCCCGAAGAUCAGGAAUUGUCGGAAUCUAACAACCAUGAAGUAGAACCCGCGCCGACAUUGCUUCUACAAACUAGUUACACGACUUUUACAUACUUCACGACAAUGUAUAAGGGCGAUCAAACAAAUGUCGCCAGUCGCCUGGAAACAAUUACGAAUGUCGUCACGGAGACUUUAAGGCCAUCCAUCGCAGUACCGGUUCCAACUAGCACUCUACCGGUGACAUAUUUCACGACCUUUACAUAUUGGACAACGUUCUACAAGGGUGGUGACACCAUAACCACUAGUCGUGAGGAAACAGUCAGCAAUGUUGUUACAUCGGACGUCUCGCCUACGCCUACAGUAGAGCUCGGAGUAGUAAUGACGUAUACGCCAACUGUAAAUUCACUGUUAGAGGAGGAAUCAACCAACGAAGAGGAAUCCAAGAUUACGGCGGAUAAUGAAGUAACACCUGUCGACAGAGCUGGAUCUGAAAAAUCUAUCACCGAAAAUAUAAAUGAACCAUCGUCAAUAACAACUAAACCUGACACUCAAAACGCGGUGAACAUUUCAUCAAUUUCACCCGAGCCUACAACAUUCUACACAACAUUUACUUACUUCACUACAUCUUACGUCGGAAAUGAGACAAUCUUGUCCAGCAGACUGGAGACCGUAACAAGCGUAUCGGUACCAGAUAUUGCGACACAACAGGCAACUGGUCGCGCAAUCGGUGGACCUGUGUAUCCGUCAAUUCAGACAAUAAAUACCAAUGAUAAAACCGUGACAUCGUCUAAGACAUCCGAAACUUUCAAAACAGGUUUGAUUUCGACAAUACGUUCGAGUGAAAUACAUGAAGAUACUACGACUCAUUAUACGACGGAUGUAUAUGGUACUUAUAUAGAUGGAUAUUACGCACGAGUGGAAAAAAGCUCGACGAGAAUAGAAACACCGCCAUUACCUUCUUCAUCGAUAGCUACACCGGUUCUCCCUACAGGAGUUUUAUCCUUGAAUAGAGGAAGUGUAGUAGACGCUGACGAAGUCACCACUGUUUACUUUACGACGAAACAAAUUGCUACGCUUUUCGAGGGUACUUACGCUAAAGUGAUUGAAAGUACGUCAAGCACAAAGAUAGACGAGGAAAGAAAAGCAAGCAUUCCGCCGACUCAAGGUCAUCGAACUGGCCUGGUACGUUUGAUUCAAGGUCAGAUGGAAAAUAAUGGUACCACUACAUUUUACCAAUCGAAAGUAAUUGGCACCAGCAUUGAGGGAAGAUAUGCUCAGAUUAUUGAAAGUACUUCCAGCUUCUUUGUGCCGAGUUCCACGAGGAACAUCGCGCCGACUUCUACUCUACCUCCAAGUCAAUCGACAGGUAUACAGGAAAUAUCACCUCAAGAUGAGGACUCCGGCCAGAAUGAAGAAGACGACGAAGAGGAUGAAGAAGACGACGACGGACAAAGUUCUAAAAAGAAAUCACGAUUGACAUUCUCGACAAGAAAGAGAACCUUCACGCCAGUUAUCAGACCGUUCGCUUCCAGGAAUAGGCCGACUUUUAAUCCAAAACGCAAAGGCGCGCAAGCCGCAACAACUAUUACCAGAACGGAUAUAACCCCGACGAUAACUGCCACUUUAGCUGGCAAAGGUAACAGGUUCGCAUCAUCGCGGGGUCGCGUUACUUCGCCAAUCGGGCCGUACUCUUCGACGUUAUCCCCCUCAGGUUCUAGAAGAUUUUCAGGCAGACGCGGAUCUGCCACUACUUCAAGUUCGGUAUUCCCAGCGGGCAGUACUCGAGGUAGAGCACCGCCCAGAAUAACUCCGUCGUCCGUGUUUCAAAGCAACAGACGCGGUCCUACGUCUGUAAGAGGAUCCUCUGCUAGGAUCGCAACUCGCGUUUCAAGUUCUGCAUUUCCUGGUGCCUCGUCGAGAUUUCGUGCAGGUAUCAGACCAUCAUCAACGUUAUUGAGAGGGCAACCUACCAUCAGACACGACGAUCAAGAAAACGACGCCAAUGAGUUCACCACGACUACGCUCGUAACGGAUGAAACACCGUUUACAGAAUAUGUCGACAGUGAAACUAAUACUACUCCUCUGCAAACUACAACAGAAUCAUCUAGAAGAUCUACGAAUCCGCUCCUGAGAUUCCGCAGACCCAUUAAUUUAACUAACGGCAGAUCGGUAACUACUUCAAGACCAUCAACAACCACAACUCCGAGACGAUCGGGAAAUUUAAAUAGACCGAGUGCGCCAACAAUUCCUAGAGUAACCAAUGGACGAACAAAUAACAGAGCAACUCCUCCGGUGUCUACGAGAACGCGACCUAGUAAUACAGGUCUGUUCCCACCACGUGGAUUUCUUGGUAGGAAGCAAGAAGCAACUACUGAAGAAUCGACUGAAUCAAACGAGGAACAAAAUGAAGGCAACGAAGGUUUGGAAGACGAGCCCGUUGAAGAAAUAUCAGACAAUGAUUACGAAGGAUCGGAACAUGAAGAUAAAAGAUCUAACAUAAAUGUAAAUCGUCGUUCCGGAAAAGCUGUUGGACCCGUCGUACAAAUUAGACCUUUCGGAGCUAGAACAAGAAGAAUUCGACGUCAGGCUAGCCAGCUUAGAGCAUACAGUAGUCGUUUCCGUAGACCCGCUCAAUCUUCUUCUGCAAAAGCAGAAGAGAGAUCCGAUUCAUUAGACGCCAUAAUAAAUAAAGAAGACAUUAUAAAAACAGCACUGAAACCUUCCGCUCGUUAUAAUAAUCGCGCGCGAAGUUUAAUGUCCUCACAACCACAGAAGUUAUUUAAUUCUGAUCAAACGGCAGAAACAUCAGAGCUAUCGAGUCAGCAAAGUAAACCGAGAACCAGACCGAAACAAUCUACUGGAAAUAGAAAUGGAUCUGUCAGAAUAAAACCAUCUCCGGCCUCGAACAAUGGAAGACAAUUUACAUUAAGAGAAAAGGACACCUCUUCUAACAGAUCGGGAUACAAAAGGCCGACUUCUCCUUCCAGAACGAAUAGUAGAUCUACUAGUAAACCUGACAACGGAAGAGUGAGACCACCAAGAUUACGAAAUGGAUCUUCCAAACCAACAGAAUCUUCAACGAAUUCUCGAAGAGUAUCACCGUCUCGCUCAAGAUCAUCAAACGGAAGAAAUGGAAAUAGAAGAGUUCCUACAAGAAGUAGAGGAACCUUUGAAGAUAUUCGGGAAGCGCCUACCGUAUAUCCAAAUUUCGACGGCACUAUAACUGUAACACAUUAUGUACCAACGGAAGUAACAAUUCCUGUAGUGAACAAUGGCGUCACAGAACAUCGAACUAUUAUAACGCAGCAACCAAGCACUGAAGUCCUCGGACCUUCUCAAUAUAGCACGGUAACAGCUGGAGAUGGAAAGCCCCUUGUAGUGAUCGUUAGCGAAGUGACGGGUACCAAUAAUCAAGGCCAGGCCGAGAUUACACGAUUCUUGCUGCACGAGACACCCACUACUCGUAUUUCGCAUACCCUCGCAAGCCUCGGUGGCCGUCGCGUCUCUCAAUCGGUUAUUAUACCCACGACGGUGUUCUCCGUGGAGAACAUAGUUUCUACGAUACAACCUUCCUUGCCCGGUAACGCUCCUCUCGCCAAUAUUCUUCUCUCACAAUUACUUCUGGGUCAAUUAGGUCAACCGAAUUCUUUGUUAUCCCAAACCACACCCACCACGCAGUACAACACACGCACCACCUCCUACGUCACAACAAUAACGAAACAUCGAAGCACUAUCAUUCCCCUCACCUUCCGCGGCAAGGAGAUUCUAACGACUCUGAUCGACUCCUCAACCAAUGUCGUUACUGCAACGGAAUUCAUAACAGACACCGUUGUGGUGACUCCAACGGCCGCGAUACCGGCGGCCAACAUAAAUUCUCUCUUGUUGUUACUCCAACAACCGCAGACGCAACCGCAGAAUCCCAAUCCAUUAUUGGAUCCUCUGUUCGCGGCUGCUCCAUUCACACAGAGUAACACCUUACCGGGAGAAGUCGAGAGAAGACAUCAGCCGGCCGAUUCCGAUUAUAAACACGAUAGCUACGAGUAUUAUGAGGACGACGCGGAAGAAUAUCAAAAGUCAUCCAGACCACGCGGACGCGGUAAAUUGAAUGAUAAGAAAAAAGAAUCCAAGGCUUCUGCAAAAGCUGAAUCUAGCGUGGUGACGCUCUACGUUUCCGGCCGCAGACCCGGAGAAUUCAGCACUGUUUUGAGUACUGUGAAAGUCGGCGAUUCUGUCACUGCGUCCAGAAGACGAAGAGACGCUUCGGAAAGAGCCAUCGAAGUCCGACCUUCCAUACCACCGUCAUUGCACGCUGGACCGGUGGCCGUUGCCAUUUUGGCGGGAAGCGAAGAUCCUAUCGACCACGCACCAACACAAAGUCUCGAGAGCGUAGUGGGUGACGUCGGACGGCAUAUUUCCACGUCCAUCUAUACCUAAUCUUAUUCCCCUCU